GAGCAGGGCGGAGCGGUUGGCUGGGGCGCAGGGCGGCGGGCAGCGGCCCUCCACCGCCGGCGGCCCCUCCGGGGGUGAGCGGAGGCCAAGGGAGAGCCAGGUCGUCCCUCCUGCCCCUCCGCUGCGCACCCCGCAAGUUGCCGCCGCCGCCACUGCCGGCGCUCGGGAGCGGUUGUGCGGCCGCCCCGCGAGCGUCUGCCGACGCCGGGGCUGAAGGCCGGGGCCGGGGCAGGCAGGAGCACCGGGGAUCCCGUAAUGGCUCCUUUCAUCCCGCGGAGGUGGCCGGUGGCCAGGGCUGAGGCAGGCUGGCUCGGCUCGGCCGUGUGAGCCCCUCGCCUACAGCUUCGCGGGGUCUUCUCUGCCCACCACGGCCCCGCCGGCCAUGGAGGAGGAAGAGGAGGCCAUAGGGUACCUGGAUAAAGUGCUGGAGGAUGAAGAUGACUCCGAGCCUGGAACCCCCACCAGCCCCGCGUCUCCGUUCUCGGCCGGCGAGAAGGGUGAGCGAGAUGCUGGCAAAGGCUUGGAGAUGCGGAAGCUGGUGCUCUCAGGUUUCCUGGCCAGUGAGGAGAUCUACAUCAACCAGCUGGAGGCCCUCUUGUUGCCUAUGAAGCCACUGAAGGCCACAGCCACUACGUCGCAGCCUGUCCUCACCCUCCAGCAGAUUGAGACCAUUUUCUACAAGAUCCAGGACAUCUAUGAGAUCCACAAGGAGUUCUAUGACAGCCUGUGCCCAAAGGUGCAGCAGUGGGACAGCAACAUCACCAUGGGUCACCUCUUCCAGAAGCUGGCCAGCCAGCUGGGAGUCUACAAGGCCUUUGUGGAUAACUACAAAAUCGCACUGGAGACGGCAGAGAAGUGCAGCCAGAGCAACUACCAGUUCCAGAAGAUCUCAGAGGAGCUGAAGGUGAAGGGCCCCAAGGACUCGAAGGAGAGCCACACAUCCGUCACCAUGGAGGCGCUGCUGUACAAACCCAUUGACCGGGUGACACGGAGCACCCUCGUCCUGCACGACCUCCUCAAGCACACCCCUGCUGACCACCCUGACUACCCACUGCUCCAGGACGCCCUCCGCAUCUCACAGAACUUCCUCUCCAGCAUCAAUGAGGACAUUGAUCCCCGGAGAACAGCAGUCACCACCCCCAAGGGGGAGACCCGGCAGCUUGUGAAGGAUGGCUUCCUGGUGGAGCUGUCGGAGGGCUCGCGGAAGCUGCGGCACGUCUUCCUCUUCACCGACGUGCUGCUCUGCGCCAAGCUGAAGAAGGCAGCAGUGGGGAAGCACCAGCAGUACGACUGCAAGUGGUAUGUGCCCCUGGCCGACCUGGUGUUCCCCUCGCCGGAGGAGUCGGAGCACUGCCCGCAGGUCCAUGUCAUCCCUGACCACGAGCUGGAGGACAUGAAGAUGAAGAUCUCAGCCAUCAAGAGCGAGGUGCAGAAGGAGAAAGCCAACAAGGGGCAGAGCCGAGCCAUCGAGCGCCUCAAGAAGAAGAUGUUUGAGAACGAGUUCUGGCUGCUGCUCAACUCGCCUGCCAUCCCCUUCCGCAUCCACAACCGCAACGGGAAGAGCUAUCUGUUCCUGCUGUCAUCCGACUAUGAGAGGUCUGAGUGGAGGGAAGCCAUUCAGAAACUGCAGAAAAAGGACCUCCAGGCCUUUGUGCUGAGCUCAGUGGAGCUGCAGGUGCUGACGGGAUCCUGCUUCAAGCUGCGCACUGUGCACAACAUCCCGGUCACCAGCAAUAAGGACGAUGAUGAGUCCCCCGGGCUCUACGGGUUCCUGCACGUCAUCGUCCACUCUGCCAAGGGCUUCAAGCAGUCUGCCAGUGAGUACCUUUACUGCACGCUGGAGGUGGACUCCUUUGGCUACUUUGUCAGCAAAGCCAAGACCAGAGUUUUCCGGGACACCACUGAGCCACAGUGGAAUGAGGAGUUUGAGAUUGAGCUGGAGGGCUCCCAGUCCCUGCGCAUACUCUGCUACGAGAAGUGCUAUGAUAAGACUAAGCUUAACAAGGACAACAACGAAAUCGUGGACAAGAUCAUGGGCAAAGGGCAGAUCCAGCUGGACCCACAGGCUGUGCAGACAAAGAACUGGCACAUGGACGUGAUUGAGAUGAAUGGGAUCAAGGUGGAGUUCUCCAUGAAGUUCACAAGCAGAGACAUGAGCCUGAAGAGGACUCCGUCCAAAAAACAGACUGGAGUCUUCGGGGUCAAGAUCAGUGUGGUGACAAAGCGUGAGCGCUCCAAGGUGCCUUACAUCGUGCGCCAGUGCAUCGAGGAGGUGGAGAAGAGGGGCAUCGAAGAGGUUGGCAUCUACAGGAUCUCUGGUGUUGCUACUGACAUCCAGGCGUUGAAAGCUGUCUUUGAUGCAAAUAACAAGGACAUCCUGGUGAUGCUGAGUGACAUGGACAUCAAUGCCAUCGCCGGCACACUGAAGCUGUACUUCCGAGAGCUGCCUGAGCCCCUCCUCACUGACAGACUCUACCCUGCCUUCAUGGAGGGCAUUGCCCUCUCGGAUCCUGCUGCCAAGGAGAACUGCAUGAUGCACCUUCUCCGCUCGCUGCCCGACCCCAACCUCAUCACCUUCCUCUUCCUGCUGGAGCACUUGAAAAGAGUCGCUGAAAAGGAGCCUAUCAACAAAAUGUCUCUCCACAACCUGGCCACAGUCUUUGGGCCAACACUGCUGAGACCCUCAGAGGGAGAAAGCAAGGGACACCUCACCCUGGCCUCUGACAUCUGGUCCCACGAUGUGAUGGCCCAGGUCCAAGUUCUUCUCUACUACCUGCAGCAUCCUCCUAUCUCCUUCACUGAGCUGAAACGCAACACACUUUACUUCUCCACGGACGUGUAGCCUGCAGGAAGAAGGCACCAGCUGCAAAUGCUCCCAGCCGCCUGCUGGGGGACACGGACUGGAUCGCAGCUCCCCAGGGAGACUGGCCUGGACCCCGGAGGGUGCCACCUACAGCUCCUGUACAAUCACGUACCAGCGGCCCGGUCCCUCCCAGGCACCGUGCCUCUCUGUAAAGUAGUCGUGUCUGAUGUCCCUUCUUGUGCUCAGAAUUGGUUUUUCUGUAUAUUUGUUCAACGGAAGAGGUAGUGACUGACAAGGGCUGUGGACACAGGCUUCUCCCUUGCCUACUUUUCUCCUGGACUCCUUUCUGCCUGCUCACUCCUACCAGGCAUCCCUCGUCUCACCCAGCUUGAAGCCUGCAACGUCCCAUGAGUGCCUGUUCUUGCUGCCCGGCUCCCCUGCUCCAUACCUGCAUGUGCAGCACCAGCUGGCUUCAGAGGCUGGUGGCUCACAGGCUUCCCUCCCCAGUGACAGUGACAACCAGCUCUGCUUUGGCUUGCUGCCUGCGCAAACCUUGGACCCCGUGCCUGGAUCCUGCUCUGGCCUGACCAAACCCGUGACCAGGAGGGAGAGGAGCAGGCUGCUGCUUGCUCCUAGCCAUGUCCCUUCUGGGUGUUUUCAGGCCAGUCCCCUCUGCAGCCCCUGUCCUGUGCUUUGCCUGUGUGCAUGCAGCCUGGCGGUGACUCCCUCGCUGAGCCUCGCCUCCAAGGAGCGUCUGAGGAUAACCCAAUCACACAAGGCUGGAACCAGAGGUGCUGUGCUGGUCUUGAUCCACGGCAGGCUUGAGGGGCAGCUCUGCUUCCUCUGUCACAGGCCGACCCCAGCUCUGCGCAUCGAUGGAGCCCCAUCAGGGCACAUGGAUCCCACGCUUUCCUUGGCAGGGUGGGCAAGAGGGUCCCUGCUGUUUCUGUACACCCAUAUCUGCCAGCCCAGCACUGCCACAAGGACUGCCAACACUGGCUGUGCCCUGUGGCAGAGCCUGCCUGGGCUCCAAUGUUCCUGCUUUGGCCACAAGAAUGGGGAAUUUUUUGUUUCCUUCCUUGGCCUUCCCCAGGCAUCAGGCAAAUGGCAGCACAUGGCCUUGCUUCAUUGGCAUCCAGGCUGCUGGAGGCAAGUGCUCUGCAGCAGCUGGAUGGGCACCCAGCCUGGAAACCAGCACAGAGGGAUGACAGGAGCAAAACCUUCAUGACCCUCACUACUGAAGGCAGAAGUGCUUCUUUCUUUUCUUUCUGACAAGGCAGCUGCUGCUGGGUUAGCUCUGUUCAGCCAGCUCAGGUCUAUUUUAGUUAGUGGCCCCAGUUCUUGACCCCUAGGCCUGAUGUCAUGAGUUGUUGUGCCACGUCCCAAGGCAGGAGUGCCACAUGCCUGUGCUGCCAGGCUGUGCUCUGGCUGAGUGCCUGGCUCCCAGUUAUGUCCCUUACCCUCCAGCACUCACAAGUGGGUGCUGGUACCACUUGGGACACGAAACCUUUCGCUCUGUGAGCUGAGUCCGUGUUCUCAUGGGUAAAGCCCCCUCACUCUCUGACUGCAUUGGCCCUGUGCUCUCCUGUGCCAAAUGGAGAUGGAUGAGAAGUGACCAAGUGUAUCCCUUCUGACAGCAGCAUUGCCUUUACCCUCCCGACUAAGACUGUUCCAGGUAGAGGCUGGCCACCUACCACCAAUCCACCAGGUAUAUCCUAAGCCCACCUCCCCGGGGAAGGCAGUGCCUGCCAGCCCCACACCAGCAAAACGACUGAAGGAGGGGAGGUCUCAGUCCCCCUUCAAAGGGCUCACACUCCAGACCCUGCUCCUCUUGACUACCAGCUAAACAGAAGGGAAACAGCACUGCAGAAAACAACCAGGCAGCUGUCAUGGCCCUGGACCCAGCAAGGAGGCAGAGGUUUCGAUCUGACUGCACAACAGAUCCCUGUGUGUCUGAUUUGUUACUUGUGUCCAAGUCUCUGUCCACCAUUCUGUCAUUCCAGAUGGAGACUCUGUACAGCUGAACCUCCCCUAGGACAGUGGCUGGAGGCCUGGUCCACACAGCCCCAGCACAACAGGCUGUGGCCAUCCCUGUGACUGGCCUUUGCUUGUCCCUACAGGAAGGAAAGGAGAGGGGGGGAUGGACUCUUGCAGCUACAGGUAGAAUAGAACUGUUAAUUAAUAUUUGACUUUCAGAAGUUGUUAAGGAUAUAUUUUUGUUUGUGUUCUGUUUUAAUUUCUGUAGAUUAUAAAUUUUAAAUGGCUGUAAACCAUGUGAGGAGAAAAAAAACCAACAAACAACCCACAACAACAACAAAAAAAUUAAUAAAAAUGCAAAGCCCCAACAUUUGCACAAAA